UCCCCUCUCUCUCGGUCUCUCUCUCUCUCUCUCUCUCUCUGUCUCUCUCUCUGUCUCUCUCUCUUUCUCUUCCUCACACAAUGGGCUUCAGAACAGACGUGGAAAAAACAUAAAGGAAAGGAGCAAGACGUGUGGAUUUGUUGCGAUGCCGAAGAGACUCGAGCCUCAUGUGGCGACUGAGGCCUCGUGGUCGGAGCAUGACAUGUGCUAGAGAGGUGGGGCAGUGGGAGAUCAGGCCCAGGUCUGCUCUGCGGGGGAUCAGACGCACCAGGGCCCUGAUGUGGCAGCGGAUCCGGGGACUGGUCCGGGCCUUACGGCAUGGUGUGGGAUACCCAGUGAACUACAAUGACUCGGCCCCAGAGGAACAGGAGAUGGUGUGCCUUGAGCCCAUGGGAACAGAGCGGAUGGAGAUGCGAAAGAGGCAGAUGUCGGUGCAGCAGGAGUCGGCAGCGGGGGGAACUGCACCGGCCCAGCAGGGCCAGCAGGGCCAGCCGGGCCAGCCGGGCCAGCCGGGCCAGCCGGGCCAGGCCAACCCACGGGGCUCAAAUGCAUGUUGCUUCUGCUGGUGCUGCUGCUGUAGCUGUUCCUGGAAUGAAGACCGGGAUGAAAGGAACCGAAAGGCUUCUCAUGACGCCCAUGAAGGGACCGCAGACUGUGAAGACUGCCCGAAGCCCACGCUGGAGGAGGUGUGCUCGUGGGGGCAGUCGUUUGACAAGCUAAUGGGUUGCCCAGCGGGGAGGAACUCCUUCCGGCAAUUUCUUCGCACCGAGUUCAGCGAGGAGAACAUGCUCUUCUGGUUGGCCUGCGAGGAGUUCAGUAAAGACGCCAAUAAGACUCCGGUCGAGGACAGGGCUCGUGUCAUCUACGAGGACUACAUCUCCAUCCUCUCGCCCAAAGAGGUGAGCCUCGACUCCCGCGUGCGUGAGUCGAUCAACAGGAACAUGCAGGAACCCAACCUGCAGACGUUCGAAGACGCCCAGCUGCAGAUCUUCACACUAAUGCAAAGAGACUCAUAUCCCCGCUACAUGAACUCCCAAGCCUACAAAAACCUGCUCAACACUGUGUCAGAGCAGUCCCCCGAACCCUAGGGUGGUGAUGACCUGUCAUAUUUUAACUGUAUUUAAACCCCCCACCCCCCCAACCACCACCCCCCUCCUCCCCUCCCCCCACCCCCUCAACCAUUAUUCCCUUUUUAAAACAUUUUCUUUGUAUGUUCAGUGUAGGAUUACAUGAACCUGGCCUCGGGCCUGGCCCCUCCCAGGGAUUUCAGCGCUAUUGUGAUCUGCACCUGACCGAAGACACUCAGGUCUUAAAACUCCCGAGGGCUCGACAUCAUAAGUACUGCUUACAGAUCAACAUAGCAAAACACUCCAAAGGAAUAUGAAAACAUUUGGUUUCUGUUUUAUUUUUUAUUUCUUUUGAUAGAAAUAAUCUAUUUUAUUUGUGUUCAGAGUUUUUUAUGGUCUGUUCUUUUUUGUAUGAUUGUUUUUUUGGGGGGGGAAAUAAUUCCUGCUGUAGACUAUAUAUAUAUAUAUAUAUAAAACUAUAUAUAUAUAUAUAUAACUAUAUAUAUAUAUAUAUAAAUAUAUUUAUGAGUUUGUAAAUAGUAAAAAUGGAAUUGUGGGUAUUUUAUGUAGAAACACCUGGUUCUAUUCACUGCGUAUGAAAAUCAAAGCUCAAGUCAAAGGCUACGUGUUAGCUCUUCUUGCAGGCAGCUUUGUGGGGUACUGGAUGAUUUGACCUUGGUUUGACCCUGUUUUGUUCUCUAACCUUACACUUCAAUACCUGUGAAAGCGACUUGGCAACUCCAGUUCGUGUAAAAACUGCGUGGGAAUGAAAAAGUGUGGUUAUCAGUGAAGUUACAGAAAGUGACGAUGGUGCAAUUUGUUUCCAUAAGAAACACAAAUCAAUUAUGGAAGGUUAUUUUUACUUUCUAUACUCAGUCUUAAUCACAGAAAAUUGCCUAUUUAAGAUUUUUUUAUUCAAGUGUUACUCAAUGCAGACCUUUCAUAUAGUUUUGCCAUUGUGACAUACACACCGAAGUCAUUCUAUUUACCAGAUAAAGUAUUUUUUCUGUAUUGAUAUCCAUUGCCAAGACAACAAAACCAACACGUUCAAAUUGUAUUUAAAUUCUAUCGUGGAAUCAACAAUAACGUUCGGUCACCCUUGUAAAAAUGUAGAAAUUAGGGUUUAUUUUAUGGCUCUUUAAUUUUCUAAUAAUUUCUGGGAAGCCAGUCUUUGUGCUAAGCUAGGCGAAGAGCCUCUAGUUAUAGUUCUAUAUUUAGCGAAGAUAUAUAAGAGAGGAAAAACAAAAGUUUUGGGUUUAAAUGGAGCGCUAACCAGCUGCUAGCUGUCGCUUCAAAUGUAUCAUAGACCUGAGAGUGGUAUUUAUUUUCUAAUCUAACAAAAUCGAGUAAGGUAUUUCCAAAAAAUAUCUGCUUUAAUUCUACAUUUCUUUCAACUGGUAAAUUAAAUAAAAAAUGACGUUUAUCUGACGUUUUUAUGAACUGGAAUUAUAUCAACUUACUCAAUUUGACCAAUAGCUAGAACCUAAAUACAUAUAUAAUAACUAUGUGGGGAAACUUACACAUUAAAGUGUAAGUUUGACAUUUGUUGACAGCUGGUGGAGUCAUCAGUGUUUCACCCUGCAGGAUUUAGACUUUAUUAACCUCACCUGCAAUAUGGAAGUGACGCUGGGGUCCGCCAGGUCAGCAGCGACACCAAAGCUACCAUGUAAACUGUGUGGAUACGUUUAACGAAGGGCAUUUCCAUUGACUGAAAUUGGAGUUGCCAAGUAUAAAAUACGUUAAUGUAUUCUGAUAGUUUUUAGUUGAAUUACUUUGUUGCCUCACAAACAUGUCACUCAAAGACAAGAUCCUCACACGGGGAAGUGCCUUGACAUUCAAUUUUAUGACAUCUUUCUCAUGGGCAACAAGUUGUUUUCACUCUUUGCCAUAAGAGUGGUAACUGGAGCAUGAGGCCAGGUUACUGGUAAUUCUCCCUCUCUUUGGCCAAAUUAUCACGUUUUGUCUUGAUUCCUUAGUCGUGACUACACUGGUGCAUUCUGGUAGAGCUACCAAACAGUAUGGCGGCGGGUGAUGACAACAUGUCUUUAUUUGCUAAAGACAAACGAGAUCAAUGGAUAGGGCUGUUUGAUCGGAACUUCUCGCCGACCCGUGUUCUUCGCGGUGGCACUUCUACUUGUCUUAGAAUAACUUUAACUUACUGUGUGCAAUUUGAGCUGAUGGAUACACCAAGCAGAUCAACCUCAAAACACAAUCUAAGCCGAUGGUUUGGAGCGAUGCCUACAAAUGUUGUUUCUUCUUCUGUUUACGAUAUGAAGUGUUAUUUUUCGCCGAGUUUACUGAAGAAUACAUUUAAAAAGAAAAAAACUAAUAAUGUGAAUGUUUACAGUAUUUGGUUUCGUUUUUUCUUUCUCUGCUACUCUACAAGAAAAUAAUGACUUGUGGGCAUUUUGAUUCAGAUAAAAAUAAAGCACAAUAAUUUUA